UAAUGCGUCGAAGUUUUGAUCUAAGGAGCUCGCACGACCUACAGAACUGAAGACAGCUGAAAUCAGGAUUCCUAUUCAGCCUUGGUUUUCUCAUUCUCACGAUGUCUCAAGCCUUUAAAAAUCUUCUCGGAGAGAAGCUUAUCGGUCCGAAAGGCCUAGUAGAUGUCGAGAGCAUAAUCGGCGAAGGGAAAGUUAUUGGAUUAUACUUCUCAGCACAUUGGUGUCCGCCUUGUAGGGGCUUCACACCAAAGUUAGCAGACUUUUACCAAAAAUUUCGGUCUACAAACGGAAAUAAGCUAGAGAUUGUGUUCAUUAGCUCUGAUAAAGAUGAAAACCAGUUUCAGAAGUACUUUGAGGAGAUGCCUUGGCAUGCUGUACCGUUCAAUGAACGCGAAAGAAAGAAAAAGCUUUCUCAAAAGUACAAAGUUGGAGGAAUCCCUACAUUGAUCUUUGUUGAUGGUAAAGAUGCAAGUUUGAUAACAAAGAAUGGAAGAAUGGCAUUGAUGGAAGACCCAAAAGGAGAAAACUUCCCAUGGAGGCCCAAAUCAGUCUCAGAACUGAUGAAAGGAAAGCUGGUCAAUAGUAAAGGAGAGGAAAUUACUGUAGAUGAUCUGAAAGGGAAAGUGGUCGGUCUUUAUUUUUCUGCUCACUGGUGUCCACCAUGUCGAGCUUUCACACCACAAUUAGCAAAAACAUACAAUGCAAUAAAAGCUGCCAACAAACCAUUUGAAGUUAUAUUUCUAAGUUCUGAUCGAGCUGAUGAGUCUUUUCAAAGUUACCUAGAUACCAUGCCGUGGUAUGCUGUUCCAUAUGAUGAUAGUAUGAGAAAGAAUAAUGUAUCUAAACAUUUUGGUGUAGAAGGUAUCCCAACACUCAUCAUCAUGGAUGAAAACUGGAAGGUCAUAACUACCAAUGGAAGAGGGGCAAUUGCUGCUGAUCCUGAAGGCAAAGAGUUCCCAUGGAAGAUAAAGCCGCUGUGCGAACUAAACGAUCUUACAGCUUCAUUAUUAAACGAAGAACCAUGCGCUAUUUAUUUUACAGACGGAGAAGAACCGACCUUAAAACACGCAAAGGAAAUCCUACAGCCAUUGGCAGAAAGCUAUGCAGCCGAAGCCAAAGAGAAGAACGAAGAUCUACCCAUCCAGUUCUUCUUUGCUGGCAAUAACGAGGUAGUAGAAAGUCUUUUAGACUUCGUUGGGAUCAGCGAAGAGAACAUGUUAGCCAUUGUCGAUAUACCAAACGGCAAGUUAUUUGUUUGCGAGAAUGACGUCGUCACAGCUGAUGCAGCCAAGCAGUUCAUCUCGGAUUAUUUGACGGAUAAACUUCAGGGACGCCCAUUAAGAUAAAAGCAUUGAAAAACAAUAACAAAUUAAAGAACUUUAGGUUUGGAUAAAAAGAUUCGCUUGCGUGGCCGGCUUUUGUUCAUUUUGCCAAAAGACCUACAAAGACCGGGGUAGAAAGAAGUGAACGAAAACCGACCGCAAGGCAAGCUUACCAGUAGUUAGACAUACUCCUAAAUACAGCAUUGGUUUCCGGCUCAGAUAUAAGUAAGGCUCAAGAAAAAAGCAUAAAAGUAAGAAAAACCUACAAAUUUCCUUCUUAUAAGCUCCAAACGUGCUCCUUGAAGUGUUAUUCAUUACUAAUGAAAAGGAGGUUUUCCUGCUCUUAGGAAAUCCCCGUACUGGAAUUCGAGCCAAGCUUAUGCCGGAGAAACAGAAAAAACAUUGGGUUUUUACUAUUGUACUCAGAAAAUUUUUUUCCAGGUAUCUUUUGUAUAUUAGCCAGUCGUAAAACUUGCAUAUUUUUAACUUGCACCGUUUUAUAUCGAAAUACCUGUGGCGAAAAAUCUACAUUUUUGUCUUGACAUUCAAUUAGAAAAACAAUCCGGUCCAGAUAAACAUUUUCUCUCUCUCUCAGUGGAAAGGGAAUGAUAUUACCUUAAGUGGAACAAUCGUCUAUUUUUAAGAUAUCGAAACAAGGUUUUGAAUAAGCUGUUUCUUUGUUGAAAUAUAAUAUAAUAUAAUCGCUGUACAUGUAUUUUGAGGUAAAAUGUAAUAGCACUGAAAAUAAAGUAAAAAACAACAUUUUGAAAACAGAAGCAUACAUUUUAAGGUUUCUCUUCUCUUUUCCAAAUUUACUGUUUACGAGUUGCUAGGGGAGACUAUUUUUUUAGAAGUGUCAUCUUUUUGAUCAAAAAUAACUGGAGACCAUACUUCCCGACUUCGAAUGCUGAAGCUUCGGUUGCCAUACAAACGCCACUAGACCGCCCCCCAAGACCGUAGUAUGAUUAACCCGAUAUGCUACCGCGAAUGAUAUUAAACACAUCGAUGUUCACCCAA